AUGUCGUCUAAAACAACGACUGACACGAAAUCGGACUCAGGGCCAACCACAUCUACAUCGACCAAAUCAUCCUUCAGCAUCAGCAGCAUUCUGAGCAGAGAUGAUAAGAAAGAUGACGAAAAGUUCAAAUCUGUAAAUUUAAGAGAAACUGUAUCUACCUCUCCUCACGAUGACAGACGGUCUGUAUCGAAGAGCGGGGAAUCCAUGUUCAGCUUCCUUGAUGCUCGCCUAGCGGCCCAUUACCAACAAGCGAAUUCGUCUUAUAUGGACUGGGCAAUCCACGCCAAGAACAGUGCGGCUGCUUUGGGAUGUUUCUCUCUUUACUCAUCCAGCCCCUAUUUCCCUCUUUCUUUGCAACGCUCUGCGGCUACAGUGACCCCAUUACCUCCUUCUACCCAGACAAGCACACCGAAACUGCCACGACCGAAAACCCCGGUGCCCAGUGAACCGUGCUCCACUCCACCUCACUCCCCAUCCCCACCUCUACCGGACACAGAAGAGGGUGAGGGGAGUGAGUACGGAGACCAACAGAGGCCCUCACAAAAUGGCGACGACGGGAAACCUGACUCGGGUUUGACGGAUGACAAGCGCUGCUCACGGAAGAAGAAGACGAGGACCGUAUUUUCGAGAAGCCAAGUAUUUCAACUGGAAUCGAUGUUCGAUAUGAAGCGCUAUCUGUCCAGCUCGGAGAGGGCAGGGCUGGCGGCAUCUUUGCACCUCACAGAGACCCAGGUGAAAAUCUGGUUCCAGAAUCGCCGCAAUAAAUGGAAAAGACAGUUAGCGGCAGAACUUGAGGCGGCCAACAUGGCACAUGUGACUCAGCGGAUGGUGAGAGUUCCUAUCCUGUAUCAUAACUCUGGUUCCUCUUCAAGCACUGGGGAGGCCAAUCCUCAGUAUUCCAUGUCCCUAUCCUCACUGCAUCCUCUGUAUUUCUCGCCUAAUUACCCAUCAUUAUCAGCCGUUAAAUCCUCAUUGCCUGGCGUCGUGUAA